GCCGACUGGGGUCCGUGGGGCCUGAGGGGACGGGAGGAGCUGCUCUGAGGAACGGGCUCUUCAUCUCCCCCCGGUUCCCGUCGUCGGGGAGGCGGACACGGUUAGCACCUUUAACGGCGGCGGCGGCGGCGGCUGCAGUGACAUGUCCAGCAUGAAUCCCGAAUAUGAUUAUUUAUUCAAGUUACUUCUGAUUGGAGACUCUGGUGUUGGGAAAUCCUGCCUUCUUCUUAGGUUUGCAGAUGAUACAUACACAGAAAGCUAUAUCAGCACAAUCGGUGUGGAUUUUAAAAUAAGAACUAUAGAAUUAGAUGGAAAAACAAUCAAACUUCAAAUAUGGGACACAGCAGGCCAGGAGAGAUUUCGAACAAUCACUUCCAGUUAUUACAGAGGAGCCCAUGGCAUCAUAGUUGUGUAUGAUGUGACGGAUCAGGAAUCCUUCAAUAAUGUAAAGCAAUGGUUGCAGGAAAUAGACCGUUAUGCCAGUGAAAAUGUUAACAAGUUGCUGGUAGGGAACAAAUGUGACCUGACCACAAAGAAAGUAGUAGACUACACAACAGCAAAGGAAUUUGCAGAUUCUCUUGGAAUUCCAUUUUUGGAAACCAGCGCGAAAAACGCCACAAACGUAGAACAGUCUUUCAUGACCAUGGCGGCCGAGAUUAAAAAACGAAUGGGCCCCGGAGCGACAGCUGGUGGUGCCGAGAAGUCCAAUGUUAAAAUCCAGAGCACUCCAGUCAAGCAGUCUAGUGGGGGUUGCUGCUAAAAUUUGCCUCCCUUCUUUUCUCACAACAGUGAAUUUGCAAUCUGAACCCAAGUGAAAAAACAAAAUUGCCUGAAUUGUACUGUAUGUAGCUGCACUACAACAGAUUCUUACCGUCUCCACAAAGGUCAGAGAUUGUAAAUGGUCAAUACUGACUUUUUUUUUAUUCCCUUGACUCAAGACAGCUAACUUCAUUUUCAGAACUGUUUUAAACCUCUGUGUGCUGGUUUAUAAAAAUGUGUGUAAUCCUUGUUGCUUUCCUGAUAUCAGACUGUUUCCCGUGGUUGGUUAGGAUAUAUUUUGUUGUUUAUAUUGGCAUGUUUAGAUGUCGGGUUUAGUCUUCUGAAGAUGAAGUUCAGCCAUUUUGUAUCAAACAGCACAACCGUGUCUGUCACUUUCCAUGCAUAAAAGUUUAGUGAGAUGUUAUAUGUAAGAUCUGAUUUGCUAGUUCUUUCUUGUAGAGUUAUAAAUGGAAAGAUUACACUAUCUGAUUACUAGUUUCUUCAUACUCUGCAUAUAAUUUGUGGCUGCAGAAUAUUGUAAUUUGUUGCACAAUAUGUAACAAACAACCGAAGAAAUGUUUAAUAAAUAUUGUACUUAUUGGAAGUAAUAUCAAACUGUAUGGUGAUAAGUAUUGUCUUAAUUCUUACGGUUAAGGAGAAAUUUGGCUUGCAUUGUGCUCCAAACAGCCAUUAGUGUGCAAAGCCAAGGCACUUUAGACCUAUUAGAGUAGCAUCAGAUAAGCAUCCCAGCUAAUCUACCCCACCAAUGAUAUGACACAGGCAGGUAUACCAUCCUGGGGGGGUGACAAACUUGGACAGUCUGAAAAAAGACUAAAGGUGGUACUUAUGGAAGGCAGAUACAUUCUGAAUGUAUAAUAUUUAGCCUAUUGUAAUCUCUGAUCCUUAACUAAAGCCAUUUCUAAAUGGCUUCAUUUAGAAAUACUUUUGUUAAUGCAUCUGUAGUAGAGGUGGAAAACAGUGUAUCUUUCCUAAUAUGUGAUCAAACUAACAAUUUAAGUGAUGUAAUUUUGCCAGUAUGUUUUUUUAUAUACUGUUGCUUCCAUACUCCUUUAAUCAAAUAUUGUUUCAACUUUAUUAAAUAAGUUUAGAGCACUAUCUUCAAUA